AUGUCAGAGACUGAAAACGCUCCUCACGAAAAGUCACUGCUUGACGACCAAGUUGAUUUCACUGUUAAGCAUCCGCUCAACUCUGAGUGGACACUAUGGUAUACGAAGCCAGCCGUUCAUGAACAAGAAAGUUGGUCAGAUUUGCUACGUCCUAUCAUUUCAUUCAACUCGGUAGAGGAGUUCUGGGGAAUCUUCAACUCCAUUCCAAAGGCCUCCGAUUUGCCAGUCAAGUCGGACUAUCAUCUUUUUAGAGAUGGAAUCAAACCUGAAUGGGAAGACGAGCGCAAUGCUAACGGAGGAAAACUGACAUACCAGUUUGCCUACAGAAAGGUUGAUAUCAAUGAAUUGUGGUCUCGCGGUCUGUUGAGUGUGAUUGGUGAAACGAUUCAGGAUGAUGACGGAGAAACUGAGGUGAACGGUAUUGUUCUGAGCAUUCGUCGUGCCGCUUUGAAGAUUGCCCUCUGGACCAAGUCCAAGGAUGAGGCAGUUUUGAGACCAAUUGGCGAGAGAUUCAAGAAAGUUUUGAAGUUGACAGCCCGUGAUCAUAUUGACUUUCAACCUCAUAAGAGUGGUGCUGGUAGCAAGAACGUACCUUCUUUCAGCAUUUAG